AUGCCAUCUCAUAUGGGCCAUCCGGCUAUUAAGGGUCUGGUAAAAGAGAUCCGAAUCUUUGGUCUUGCCUGUUUUGCCUCGAUUGGUGGCUUACUGUUUGGAUAUGACCAAGGUGUCAUUUCAGGGGUGCUAGUUAUGCAUAACUUCGCAGCGCAUUUUCCGAAACUAGCAUCCGAUGCUGGAUUGCAAGGAUGGGUCGUCUCGAUCAUGACUCUUGGAGCUAUGUGUGGAGCCUUCAUUAAUGGCCCUAUCUCAGAUCGUCUAUCGCGUCGAUGGUCUAUUCUCCUUGCAAAUAUUAUCUUCUUGAUUGGCUCUGUUAUUCAGUGCUCAGCGCAGAAUCUUUCAAUGCUGUUCGUUGGACGAUUCAUCUUUGGUACUGGGAUCGGAAUGCUUGCUAUGGUUUGUCCGCUCUACUUGUCUGAGCUGGCGCCGCUGAAUAUUAGAGGUGCUCUUGUUGCUCUUCAACAACUUUCGAUUACGUUUGGUAUUAUGAUUAGUUUCUGGAUUAACUAUGGAACGCAGUAUAUUGGCGGUACUGGUGUUGGGCAGAGUGCAGCUGCGUGGAGAAUUCCGUUAGCGGUACAGUGUUUUCCAUCAUUAAUUCUGGCUACUGGUCGCGAAGAAGAAGCUCUUCAAGUUCUAGUUAAAAUGAGACGCGUCCCCGAAACAGACUAUCGCCUUCGAAGCGAGUUCCUAGAAAUAAAAGCCGCUCGAAUGUUCGAUAAACAGACAAAGAUCGAAAAAUAUGGCGAGAAUGCCUCUCGAGUUUAUGUGGCAGUGCAAGAAUACAAGGAGCUCUUCACUGUCAGUCACUUGAGAAAGCGCACAAUGGUCGCAUGUCUACUACAAUUCAUCCAGCAAUUUACUGGAAUCAAUGCCAUAAUCUACUAUGAACCCCAAUUCUUCGAGUCCAUCGGUCUUAGCGGUAACUCCGUCAAUCUCCUAGCAACAGGAGUUGUAGGAAUUGUGUUCUUUCUCUCCACCAUUCCUGCCGUCUUAUACCUUGACAGAUGGGGUCGACGAAAGACUCUUAUCUACGGUGCGAUCGGGAUGUCCAUUGCACAAUUAGCUGUGGCGACUCUCUGGGCAGUCUACCAAGACACAUUUAUCAUUCAUCCUUCAGCGGGCUGGGCAGCCUGUGUCUUUGUUUGGGUUUAUAUUGGAACGUUCGCCUUUAGUAUUGCUUGCGUUAAUUGGAUCAUGCCCUCGGAGAUGUUUCCACCAGGUAUCCGAGGGAAGGCUGUUGGUCUUGCGAUCGCAUGCAAUUAUAUUUCAAACUUUGUGGCUGCGCUAGUCGUGCCAAAGAUGUUGAAGACGAUUGCCUCUGGCACGUUUUAUUUCUUUCUCGUCUUUUGCAUUAUUCUUGGGGUUUGGACUUACUUUUGUGUCCCGAGACGAAAGGUGAGUGAAUACCUAAUACUUCGAUUCCCCUUCCGAUCUUUACUCAUGUCGCAUUUUUCUCUCACAGGUGUGCCGAUUGAAGAGAUGGAUAAGCUAUUUGGUGGAAAUGAGGGAGAGGCAGAUUUGCGACGCAUUGCUGAUAUCCGUACUCAGCUAGGUGUUGACGAUGAUAAUGUGAAAGAGUCAUUCAUCGAGGAAAUCAAGGAAGAUAAUGAGCAUAUUGAGGGUGCUUCAUGA